GGUUUCAUAAGAGAGAGAGAGAGAGAGAAUGUAAGGCAUAGGAAGCUCGGAGUGAGAAAUAAAAUGAGAGAGGUGAAGUUGAAGUAAGAGAGAGUGAGAGAGGAGGGAGAGAGAAAGAGAGAUAGAGAUCGAAAGUGAGAGAGAGAGAGAUUGUUAAGGUAAGUGAAUGAGUGAGAGUAUGCGGUAGAAGCAAGCCAAAAGUGUUUUUGGUCGUUGAGAAAAUCACAUCUCGAACGGCAAGUUGAGAAAAAGAGAGCCAAGCUUGGAUGGUUGUAUGUUGAUGGCUUAGUCUCACCAAAAUUCGACACAAUGGGUAAGACAUCAACAAAACCUGCUGUGGCUGCAAACCAAGAGGGAGAUGAGGCUAAACUGAAUCCUGAUUCAGAUACCAACAAAAAUGAAACAUCCCAGUUGGAUGAUUCAAAAGUCCAUCCACUGAAUGUUUUUAAACGACGAUGGAUUGUAUUGACUCUCUUCUGCUUUUUUUCAAUGAGCAAUGCUUACCAAUGGAUUCACUUAAAUAUCGUUGCUAACAUCAUAGAGACAUACUAUAAUGCCAGUUUACCAACAGAUGAAUAUCAGAGAGAAUUGGCGGUGGACUGGCUUUCUAUGGUUUAUAUGCUUGCAUAUAUUCCACUCAUUUUUCCAGCGUCAUGGCUUCUGGAUCGAAAGGGUCUUCGAGUGAUAAUCAUCUGUGGGACACUGCUGAACUGUGUUGGAGCAUGGUUGAAGUGUAUAAGUGCAUCACCAGAUCGCUUCUGGUUGUUAAUGAUUGCACAGACAAUUUGUGGCAUUGCUCAAAUUUUUGUUCUUGAAGUGCCACCUCGGUUGGCUGCUGUUUGGUUUGGGCCAAAUGAAGUGUCAACUGCAACAUCUAUAGGAGUAUUUGGCAACCAGGUAGGUGUUGCUAUAGGAUUUCUUGUACCGCCUGUGAUAAUAACAGAAAGUGGUGUUGUAGAAGAAAUAGGGCAAGACCUGUCACAUAUGUUCUAUGGAACUGCAGGAGUUACAACUGCUCUCUUUCUUUUGUGUUUAGUUGGCUUCCAAAAACAACCCCCAGAACCACCAAGUCGAGCUCAGAUGUUAGCUCUUCAAGCAGGCUUGGGUACCAACAACUAUUUGGUCACUCUCUUUCGGCUUUUAAAGAAUUGGAGUUAUACAUUGCUGAUGGUAACAUAUGGAAUGAACACUGGAUCAUACUAUGCUAUCUCAACGUUACUAAACACAGUUGUGUUGAAAUACUUCCCAGGCUAUCAGAAAGAAGUGGGAGAAAUUGGAUUAACAAUUAUUAUUUCUGGAGUAGCUGGAUCUGUUGUGGCUGGAUUGUGGCUUGACAAAACCAAAACAUUCAAAAGUACUACAUUAAUGAUGUAUUUGCUAUCUCUUGGAGGGAUGAUAGCAUUCACGUUCACACUUGAUCUCAACAAAAUUUGGAUAAUUUUCAUCAGUGCCGGUGUUUUAGGUUUCUUCAUGACUGGCUACUUGCCUGUUGGAUUUGAAUUUGCAGUCGAGAUUACAUUUCCAGAACCUGAAGGAACAUCAUCAGGGCUAAUGAAUGCUUCUGCACAGGUAUUUGGAAUUCUCUUCACAAUUGGGAUGAGGACCAUUGUAAACCAAGCUUCUGUAUUUGCAGCAAAUCUCUCGAUAUGUAUUGCCUUGCUUAUUGGAUUAAUUCUCACAUGUAAGUUACUGUUUUGUGCAAUUGAUUGACAUUUAUUAUUAUGA